GCAGCGGCUUCAGCGGUAGCGGCGGGUCCGUAUCGGAGGUUUCGCGGCGGGCUCCGGGCUCCGGGUUCCGGGUUCCGGGCUCCGGCUCCGGCUCCGGCUCCGGGCUCCGGGCUCCCGGCGAGACUCGGGCCGGGCUCGGCGGCCUCCGCGCGGCCAGGUUAAUAAUCAAGAUGGUACACGCUGAAGCCUUUUCUCGUCCCUUGAGUCGGAAUGAAGUUGUUGGUUUAAUUUUCCGUUUGACAAUAUUUGGUGCUGUAACGUAUUUUACCAUAAAGUGGAUGGUAGAUGCAAUUGAUCCGACCAGGAAGCAAAAGGUCGAGGCUCAGAAACAGGCAGAAAAACUAAUGAAGCAAAUUGGUGUGAAAAAUGUCAAGCUUUCCGAGUAUGAAAUGAGCAUCGCUGCUCACCUGGUGGACCCUCUUAACAUGCACGUUACUUGGAGUGACAUAGCUGGUCUGGAUGAUGUCAUUACAGACCUCAAGGACACUGUCAUCUUGCCCAUCAAGAAGAAGCAUUUGUUUGAAAAUUCCAGGCUUCUCCAGCCCCCAAAAGGAGUUCUUCUCUAUGGGCCCCCAGGCUGUGGGAAGACGUUGAUAGCCAAGGCUACUGCCAAAGAGGCAGGGUGCCGAUUUAUUAACCUGCAGCCUUCCACCCUGACGGAUAAGUGGUAUGGAGAGUCUCAGAAGCUGGCCGCUGCCGUCUUCUCCCUCGCUAUCAAACUUCAGCCCUCCAUCAUCUUCAUUGAUGAAAUAGACUCUUUCCUCCGAAGCCGCUCGAGUUCAGAUCAUGAAGCCACUGCCAUGAUGAAAGCUCAGUUCAUGAGCCUCUGGGAUGGGCUGGACACGGACUACAGCUGUCAGGUCAUCGUGAUGGGAGCAACCAACCGUCCUCAGGAUCUCGAUUCCGCGAUUAUGAGAAGAAUGCCUACGAGAUUUCAUAUCAACCAACCAGCUUUAAAACAGAGAGAGGCCAUCCUGAAGCUGAUCUUGAAGAAUGAAAAUGUGGACAGGCACGUGGACCUGCUAGAAGUCGCCAAAGAAACCGACGGGUUCUCAGGAAGUGAUCUGAAAGAAAUGUGUCGGGACGCCGCCCUCCUGUGUGUCCGGGAGUAUGUGAAUUCUGCUUCAGAAGAAAGUCGUGAUGAAGAUGAAAUUCGGCCAGUGCAACAGCAAGACCUGCAUCGAGCAAUUGAGAAGAUGAAGAAAUCAAAGGAUGCCGCUUUUCAGAAUGUUUUAACCCACGUUUGUUUAGAUUAAGAGUAAAGGUCAUUUGUUUGUAUGGUUCACUGUG